GCAAAUACAAAAAUAUAAUUAAAACUUUAAAGACUAUUAUAGACGUGGAAUUAAUUUGUUUGUUGUAAAGUGUUGCCAUUUUCGAAAUUUGUCGCAUUUAUUAUUAAAACUUGUGUUACCAGUUUUCGUGAAUUCAAAAUGAUUCGAGUGUUUGUGUUGCUAUUUUCGAUAUAUCUGGCUCUAUCGGCAAGGGAACCAAAGCAAAUAAACAUUGCUAACCAAGGGACGAUUAAUGGAAUGUAUAUAACGCGAUUCAGAACGAAAAGAAUUGCUGCAUAUCUUGGUAUUCCUUACGCACAACCGCCUAUAGAUUUUAGAAGGUUCGCUCCUCCAGAAAUUAAUGAUUUGCCUCAAUGGGAUGGUGUAAGAAAUGCAACUCUAUAUGCACCUGAUUGUAUGCAGAGCGACCCAAAAAGGGAAGAUAUUCAAAAUCCUCUGAAUAAACACGACGAACUCUUUAUGAAAUUAUUGGAUUCUCAACUUGAUGAGCCAAGGAAGAAGGAAUACUCGGAAGAUUGCUUGUAUCUCAACGUCUAUGUUCCAGAUGAUCAAUAUUCCAAAGUGGAAGGUUACCCUGUUAUGGUUUGGUUCCAUGGCGGCGAUUUUGUCCGGGGAAGCCCUAAUCUUUUGAAUCCAUUUCAAUUAGUUCUGAAACAAAAGGUGAUAUUUGUCUCUGUUGCUUACCGUCUAAAUAUUUUUGGAUUUUUCUCGUCACUCGACAGUGAGGCUCCAGGGAAUUUUGGAUUAUUGGAUCAAGUAGCAGCUCUGAGUUGGGUUCAGAAAAAUAUCGACGUUUUUGGCGGUGAUCCAGACAAUGUAUGCAUAUUCGGCCACGACGCAGGAGCCGUCAGCGUGGGCUUACAUCUAGUAUCCAGUUACUCGGCUGGGUUAUUUCAAAAAGCCAUUGCAAUGAGUGGCAACGUAUUGUCGCCAGCUACUGUCAACACAGCCAGGAAAGAAGCUAUCACAGUUGAUAAAGUUGCGAACGCUUUUGGUUGCUUCCGAAGACCUACCUUCCAGUUACUUGAUUGUCUCAGAAGAGUUCAAUAUCAGGCACUUUUGGACUUAGGAGAACCUCUAGCGGAAUGGAAACCUAUAGUGGAUAAUGGCCUAAGUAAUGUAUCUGCUGCAUUUAUAUCAGAUCUUCCAAGUAGAUUAUUCAAAACUGACGCUUACACUCCUGUCCCAAUUCUAACAGGAUAUACAAAUAUGGAAGACGCUCUUCUUCUCGAGAAAGAUGAUAAGGGAUCAGGUAUUGAUCAAAAAGAAUUUGAUCGUAGCCGUGAAGAAAUUAUACUUUCUGACAUAACAGUAGACAACAGUUCUUGUUUCACUAACCAACAUCACAUUCAAGAAGCUGUAGCAUUUUUCUAUAAACCUAUUCCGCCAACAGAUAAUCAGACGAUUCUAAGAAAACUUCUUCUUGAUUUUUACACAGACAAAGUUCACGGAUCCACAACAUAUCAGUUAGCUAAGCAUCUAAGUGGACACGCUCCAGUAUACUUGUAUAGAUUCGACUUGAAACCUUUUUCAGACUUAGCUAAUGAGGGAGUCCCCGACUGGGUGGGGGUACCACACAACUUUGAUCUGAUAUUCACGUUUGGUUUGCCACAUCUAGCAAAACCCGAAGAUUUGAGCAAGUGGGAUUACAGGGACAAGAGUAUUUCGGAAAUUGUUAUGAAAAUGUGGACUAAUUUCGCUUGGUACUCUAAUCCUACCAAUUCAGGCGUUAUAAUUGAAUGGGACCCUUUUGAAACAGAAAAGCCAGGCUACUUCAUAAUCGACAGGCAAAAUUUCACUAUGAGCACCCCCGAAACCAUAAACUACAAAGCUUUCGAAUUCUGGACGGAUUUCUACCCUAAGGUAGUUGAAAUCGGCACAAAAUGUUGCAAGGAGCCCAUUGACGAUUCAGGCACAAAUUCACUUGUAACAGGUACAGUCAUAAAUAGUUUAUUUGUUUUACAUGUAAUUUUAGUUUUAGUGUCUUAAAUUCCACAAUGUGCAGUAAAACCUUUAACGUUAUUUUUGUAAAGUCUAUUUCUAAAGUUA